AUGCUUCUACAGGGUUUUGAGGAGCAGGUGCUUGGCGCCACUCUUCCAGGUCUUUUUCUUGCAUUGUUGAAUACAGAGAAUAGCCCGUCAUCGCGCUAUACACAUAUGUUCUUUCUUCAUGCUCACUCGUUCUGCUCACCAGAGCAUCUACUCGGCACUUUCGAGGCCGAUUAUCUCAGCAACGAGCGCGAUGAAGAGCGCGAGCAUCUCGUUAAAAUCUUGUGUGUGUGGAUUCAAGACUACUGGGAUCCUGCCAGAGAUGCCAGCGUGCUGGACCAUCUCGCGACUCUAGUGCAAACCACUUUUUCCCAGCACGCAUGCAAGAGCGUCUCUCAGCUGCGCUCCAUCGUUACAUGGCGUAUCCGUUCCAGAGACUUGCACGUCCCAGACGUCCCAUUAGACAUCAUGGAAUUUUCGUUGCGCAUUCAAAGGCAGGGCGUACCGCAGCUUCCUGUGGUAUCACGAUCGCUCAUGUCAUCAAUCCAGUCAGCCUCGACUGUGUGGGAUGUCGAUGUGCUGAGUUUCGAUCCAGUUGAGCUUGCACGGCAAAUCACGUUGUAUGAAAAUGCGCUCUUUUGUCAGAUCAAUGCACUAGAACUAAUAUAUCCUGCUGACUCAGGCUCAGACCGAGACUCCGACCAAUCCACACGCAUAACUGCGCGCCCGUCCUACGUGCGUGCUAUGACACAUAUGUCAACGCAGCUCACCAACUGGAUCAGCCAAUGCAUUCUUCGCGAGCCUGCGGUGAAGCAGCGGACACAGCUUUUGCGCUUUUUUAUUCUGCUUGGCUAUGCCAGCUAUGAGAUGCAAAACUACAAUCUGCUUAUGGCCGUGCUGGGCGCCAUCGGUUCGGGGAACAUCCUGCGGUUGAAACAGACUUGGACCGGGUUGCACGCACGGAAAAUCGCCCGAUUUCAUCAUCUUAGCCGUGUCAUGGAGCCUACUCGCAACUUUUUCAUUUACCGUGCAUAUUUGCGCCAAGCCCAAGGCCCAACGCUUCCGUUUUUAGGCCUGAUCUUGACUGACAUUACGUUUUGCAAGGAUGGCAACCCAAUACGGCGUGCCUUUCCCGGUCGCAGUACAAGUAUGAUCAAUCUCGUACGCUUGCACAAGCUUUCAAAGAUCAUGGAUAAUGUGCGAUCGUUCCAGAAGCCAUUUGCUAUAACGCCUGUGCCAGAGAUUCAAUUGUUCUUGCAGUGGAUUCGCGAUGAUGGGCGGUCGCACUCACACUCAGACUAUAUGGCCAUGAGCGAAGAAAUGUAUCAACGGAGUUUAGAGUUAGAGCCUCGUCUCACUCCCAAGAGUGCGCCAACUCGAGCACGUUCACCCUCGUCCGGAAGGAAUUUACGGUCGUGGUUGACACUCAAAUCUCCCUACGAUGUGAUUUUUUCCAACACAAACGGGCGCGACAAUUAG